AUGGAAAGGAUAAAUUCUGUUUCCGAAAUUGAUUUAAUCGAAGAUCGAUAUUAUCGUGAUAGUCCAAGCUUAAAGCAUAAUUUAUCUUUCGCUGGUUGUGGUUUUCUUGGAUUAUAUCAUGUGGGUGUUUGUUGUUGUAUUAAACAAUUCGCCCCUCAACUGUAUCAAAAUAAACCAGUGUCUGGGACAAGUGCUGGUGCAAUAGCUGCAGCUUGUCUUAUAUGUGAAUUAGAUAUGAAUAUGUGUGUUCAGUAUUUUUGCAAAAUUGUUGAAAAUGCCAAAUGGUAUACACUUGGUCCAUUCGAUCCACGGUUUAAAGUAAAUGAACAUUUAAGAGAAGGAUUAUCAAAAAUAUUACCAUCAGAUGCUCAUGUUUUGUGUUCUAAUCGUCUGUCUAUUUCAUUGACGUGUUUUGCUACAAGAAAGAAUAUAAUCGUUCGACAAUUCAAGGAUAAAGACGAGUUGAUCAAAGCAUUGCUUUGUUCUGCAUAUAUUCCAAUAUUUAGCGGAUUUGUUCCAUUAUCAUUUAGAGGUCAGCUUGUCGUUGAUGGAGGAUUAUCAGAUAAUCUGCUUAACAUCAAUCAACAGACAAUUCGAGUUAGCCCAUUUGCUGGUGACGCAGAUAUAUGUCCAUUGGAGUCAAAAUGUGGUCCACAGCAUAGCCACACUCAACCACAAAGUUAUGAAGAUGUAUUGGGUUCAAUUACAUUGUUGAAUCUUACAAUGCGCUUAAAUCUAACAAAUAUUAAACGCUUGAUUGGGAUGGUAUGGCCAAUGAAUUCUGAUCAGUUGGUUAAUCUAGCCACCCAAGGUUAUGAUGAUGCCUUACGGUUUUUAAUUACUCGUGGUUUCAUCGCCUGCCGUAUACAUCAAACGCCCAGAGAAUUCUCAAACAUUUCACGAUCAAAACAACGUAACAAUGCAACGCGUAUUCGUCGUUUGCCUAGUUUUGAUACCCUUUUAUACCGUAAAGUAAAUGAAGAAUCAGAUCGUUAUCGAAAAUAUUUCACCGAUCCAAGCUCUAAUACAAAUGUACCGAAAUCGACUAGAUCCUCUACUCCCAGAAAAGUAAUUCCUAAUUCCGGUAUUGGAUUAAAUGUUGCUAAUUGUCGUGCAUGUCAAGAUAGUCUAUGCGAAGCUAUCAAUACGUCAUUUCCAGCAUCAUUACGCUUGGUAAUCAAAAAAGGCACAAAUCCUCCACCGUCGUAUUUAAGAUGCAUUCAAAGUCGUGUUUUUAGUUAUGGAUCGUCUGUUUGCUCAUUUGGUUUUAAUUUGGUUCGAUUUCCUUUAAGUUUACAAGUCAAAGUCCUUAUAUGUGUCGUUUCCAAAUGCUUACAAGCUUUGAAACAGUCGGAUGUCAGUAAUUACUAUCUGUCGAGUUUAUUAGACUUACUCAAGCAAUCGUAUCUCUAUCUGGAGGAUUCAAAAGACAAGACUGUGUGCUCACCAGAUUAUUCAAAUUCUGAGUCAUCCCAGUACACACGUUAUCAUUCAGUUCCGGAAAAAUUAUGUUCAGUAUUUUCUGUGAUAAAUUCUGUCUUAGAGAAGGGAACUGAUAAUAUGAGUGAUUUACUUUUACGAUUAAGCUCUGUAGAGCUGCCGACAGCUAAAGAUUGCGGUUUAGAAUUGCUUUCAUCCCCCAUUCAACAAAAGAGUUCUGUCACCAGCUUAAAUCUGGUCUCAGUUCAGAAAAUAUAG